AUGGCGACAGUAUCGCCGACCCCCUUGGGGUCAAACAAUUCGUCGGCUCCCACCAGGAAGCCAUCGCUCAGAUCCGGUCUGCGGAGAGCACCGUCGACGCGGCCACAAAUUGACCGCGCUCAAUCGAACCCGGGCCACGCGUCGUCACAUUCUCAAUUUGCUGCCAACCAUGCCGACAGCUCCGACGACGAGAUCCCCGUGCCUAUGAAGCUCAGUGCUCUUACCAAGGCUCUCCUAAAUGACGACGGCGCAGCAGAGGCGCCGCCCGCGGACCAUGGCCCGAGUCGGGUGCGGACUAGAGCUCAGUACCACCGGGCAUCGUCGCCCUUGCAGGCGGUGCAAGAGGCCGAGAAGCCGGCCAAGAGACGCAGUGUCCUGAGCCAAGCAGCCGCCUCCGCUGCCGAGGAGAGGAGGCAUACUAGGGCCAGCAGCGCUCAAUUACCAUCAUCAAGACCCGCCUCGCCGGUCAGGAGCCAAGCUAGUGAGAGCAGCCCGGCGCAGAAGAGCAGGAAGAGAGUCGUCAGACUCAGCACCACGUCUGGCGCCCCCGCGCCUUUUGGCGCCGUGCAGCCCUCGAAGCGGAGGUCUACGUCUACAGCCUUGUCUACAUCACAGACAUCGCAAAAAGGAAAUCGCCCACCUAGCCGGGAAGGCCAAGCCGAGGAGAGGGCAAAUGCUUCAGAGAUCAAGGACGUCAACACCCCCGUUGCACAAGGGGUCCGGAGUGUGCGGAUUGCGGUCGGUUCAUCCGGCGGCCGUGGCCGUCUCAGUGGUUCUUCGGGCAUGUCCUCCAGAAGAGCUGACUCCGCAUCUCAUCCGCCAUCCGAGAAUGAGGCCCAGGAGGAACCACGUGUUGGUUCCGAGCAACGGGCUGGAAUUAGCCAGGGCAGCGGCUCCCGACCUAGGACUCGUGAUGAGAACGACAACGCCGCAGCCCAAGGCUCGAUGCGAGUGAAGCGGGUGGGAAAAGUCACCGGGAACUUCCUUCGUGGCCCGGCCCGUCGUGGAAUGCGUCGUCAGAGCGAGGAAGAUGGAGGCAACGAAGGCGAGCUACUCCAUGGCAGUCAGGAGGAGGCUGAAAGCCAAGCACCACAGGAUCUCAUCGACCUUGAACCCGAAAAUAUGGCCUCGUCGUACUACGUCCCAGAUCGCCUUGCUUCGGGGAGUCCAGUGAGCGCCAAGAACUCUGCCAGGCACAACAGGGAGACAUCGCUUGCGUACGAAGAGCCUCUACUUGUUUCAAGACAUGAAUCCCCGGAACGUCAGCAGGACGAAAUUCGAAUCCCGCAUUAUAGGGUACCACCGCCCAAACCCGAUGUGCCUUCGAGGCAUGAUCAAGAGAAUGAGAUACCGUCAAACUUCAGGAAGAGUGCAGCCUUGGACAGCUCGAUAAUGGAAGUCAAAAUUCCAGCCCGGCCGUUGAAGAUCGACGGAAGCGGCUUGCGAGCAGCGGUCGCCGACCGGAAGCCACUGGCAUCUGUCAGCCAAAACGAGCCUCGCCGGACUGCGCCUGCGCCUCCUCCGAAAAUGUCUAUCCUCGAAACCGCAACGUCUACAGCCGGUGCAGCUACUACGCAGCAGGUUUCCAGGAAGCGAAACUACCUAAAAGUCAACGGGAAGUACUACACCCGACUUGACUCCCUUGGCCGGGGAGGAAGUGCCAAAGUAUACCGCGUGGCGGCCGACAAUGGCAAGAUGUUUGCCUUGAAACGCGUGUCGAUCGAAAAUGCCGACGAGUUGACCGUCCGAGGAUACAAGGGCGAGAUAGAUCUUUUGACGAAGCUGGGUGGAGUUGAACGGGUCAUCAACCUAUUCGACUACGAGAUGAACGAGGAGAAGCAAGUGCUCAGCUUGCUUAUGGAAAUGGGCGAAUUGGACCUUAACACCCUCCUGCGCCUCCGUCUAUCGCCUGACACGUCCAAGUUUGACCCCGUCUUUGUGCGAUAUUACUGGCAGGAAAUGCUUGAAUGCCUAGCGGCCGUCCAUGCUUUCGACGUUGUGCACUCGGAUCUCAAGCCUGCCAAUUUUGUCCUCGUACAAGGCCGCCUCAAACUCAUCGACUUUGGCAUUGCCAAUGCCAUCCAGACAGACGAGACGGUCAAUGUUCACCGUGAAACCCAGGUCGGCACUCCGAGUUACAUGUCGCCAGAAUCGCUCCUAGACUCCAACACGACUGGCUCCAACGGCCGGCGCAUCGCCAGCCACCCAUCGCGACCGAAGCUGAUGAAGCUCGGCAAGCCCAGCGACAUCUGGAGUCUCGGCUGCAUCUUGUUCCAGAUGGUGUACGGCACGACGCCAUUCGGCCACAUACAGAACCAGAUGGCGCGUUGCCACGCCAUUAUCGACUGGGAGUAUAACAUCACCUUCCGCGAGCGUGGCGUCGGCGACGUCCCCGUGCCACCGUCGCUGCUCCGCACCAUGAAGCGCUGCCUCAGCCGCGACCAACACCUGCGCCCGACGUGCGAGGAGCUGCUGUCCAUGGACGACCCCUUCUUGUACCCGGUCGAGGUCCCCCACGGCCAACUGCCCGUCAGCGAGGAGCUCCUGGGCCGAAUCAUCCACAGCGUCGUGGCCAGGUGUCGCGAGCGCAUGCCUACCGAGGCCGAGGUGCUCAGCGCGUGGCCGUCCGCGUACUGGGGCAGCGUCGCAAAGGCUGUAGGCAAGGACCUACGGUGA